AUGCCCAGAGCUAAAAAGCUCGUCGAAGUUCCUUAUGACGGUGAUCCAUACAAGUCGGGGACAACGAAGAAGAAGACGCGUAGAGGGAUGCGGAGCGAGGAAGCCUUGGAACGAAAGAGGAAGAAGGCGAUAGCUCAUAGAGAAGCAAGAGAAGCAAAACAAGCGGCUCUACUACAACGCAAGGAAGGAAAGCUGCUGGACUCGGAUGUGGUCGAUACACCGCCAAAAGUUGAUGAGUCUCAGGCUCAGGUCAUCGCUGCGGAAGAUGCAUUGGUUGAGGUGAUUGCUGGACGUCGAACUUCCUCGGAAGAUGCGAAGAGGGCUAUAGCUCACAGAGAAGCGGCGCUACAACAGGUCGAGGACGGAGAGCUACUGGACCCGCAGGUCAUCGUUGCUUGA